CUUACUCUCUGAGUUGUUAGAGGUUAUGUUUGGUGAUCAGUGCUUGUGAUUAGUGUUAUUUUGUGGGUUUUAUAAAUAUAAAUAUACAACUGAUUUAACUAAAAAACGUAAGAAGAAAGGUGAAGAAUCAAAGAUCCUGUGGAAGAUUACCUGAAAAAUAACCACCAGGCAAAGAGGUACAAUGUCAAUGCCGUUAUAACUGCAAAAAUAUCGGGCAUGAUCAAAAACUCAGUCUGUUCAAUAAGUUUUAUCAACUGGGAGAUAAUGUUAAACAAAAUUCCUACUUAAUGGGGCUGAUAUCUGUUUUCGGUGUUAAGCGCAGGUGCCAUGGUUCAUAUGUGGAUCCCACAGCAAGUAGACGCCAGGCAUCUGUCAUUUUUACUAUCCCAGAUGGCAAAGGUGUUUGUAAGCAAGUUUGCAAGAAAACGUUUCUCGAUGUUUUUGGUAUUACAAAGCGUAGGUCGAAACUCUCGUUAAGGCGAUAAAGCGUGGGGACGUUACUUACAUUGAGCGGAGGGGAAACAAAAUUAGAGAGAGAAAGUAUUCAGCAGAAGAUGAAAGGCUCAUUAUUGAGCACAUUGCUGCUUUGCCCAAAGAAGAGAGCCAUUAUACUAGGGCUAAAAGUUCAAAUUUGUAUUUGAGCCCAGAUUUAAAUUACAACAAGCUGCAUGCGUCUUUCGUGGAACGUAACCCGACGACUACAGUCAAGUACGGUUACUUCAAAAAAAUAGUUCGACAAAAAUUCCCAAAACUUAGGUUUCAUCGCCCCAGACAAGAUACAUGUAAUACAUGUGACCUUCUUCACAGUAAAAUAAUGAAUGACUCCGUAAACAGAGUAAAAAAUCGCGCCUCGCUGGAAUUGCAUCAUCGUAAAGCGGAAAGCGCACGCACAGCUAUGAAAAAUGACCAUCAGGAGUCUCAAACUCCUACGAGUAAUAUGUGUACAAUGGCAAUAGACUUAGAAAAAGUUCUGUCGUUACCUGCGUUAACGCAUUGUCAAAUGUACUAUUUGCGUCAACUUUCGUGCUACAACUUAUGUAUACACAAGGCUGAUAAUAAUAAAGGCUUAAUGUUUUUAUGGCACGAGGGUAUCAGUGGUCGUGGAGGAAAUGAAAUCGCAAGUUGCGUCCUCAAAGGUAUAAAAAGUAAUAUUACUCACAAGAAACAGUUUGUAAUUUGGAGUGACAACUGCUGCGGACAAAAUAAAAAUAAAAUGAUUGUGUUUUUAUGGAUUUAUCUAGUAUGUAAUGGCUAUGCUGACGAGAUCCAGCAUAAGUUUGUCGUGUCAGGCCACUCAUAUCUUAGUUGUGACCGUGAUUUUGCAAUCAUAGAGAAAAAAAGAAAGAAAGCCAAGUGUGAAGUGCCAAUGGACCUUUGCAGAGUUAUUUGCAACGCAUGUGAUAAGAAUUCGUUUGAAACAACCAUGAUGCAGGAAGAGGACUUUUUCAACUUUGCCAAGCUAGCCCAACUUUAUCUUAACACUACGCAGUUAGAAAUAUCAAAAGUAGUUUGGAUUAAAGUAUCAAAAGACAACCCCGGCAGAGUAUGUACAAAAAAAACCUUUAGUGAUCUUGAACCAUGGAAGAUUACGAAUGUGUUCAAAAAGAAUAUCACAAAGAACCAUAUUGUAGGUAUGAAUCUACCUCAGCUGGAGAUGGCAACGCGACUGAACAAUGAAAAGAAAGCAGAUUUGAAGAAAAUGAUACCAUACCUUAAAGAAGAAAAUAAACAGUUUUAUAGGGAGUUAACGGCAUAAAAGACACUUCAAACAGUACAAUUUUUAGUUGGUCUUACUUCGGUUAUUUUUUAUGUUUAAGUUUGUUUAUAUUUUUGAUUUUUUCUACAGUAUCUUGUUCUUAACUCUUACUGCAUUAAUUAAGAUAACUUGUACGUAUUACUUCAAUAUAAUACUAAACUUAUAAAACAUUGA